UGGUGGAGAUGCCAGGGAGACCUUGGCGUCUAGAAAGGAGCUCUGGCUGCCUCGGACCCCUCAGGGCGGAUGGCAACUAUCAAAAGGAAAUAGGAUCAUGGCAACAGAUGAUGAUAAUGGUGAUGGAACAAGCUUAUUUGAUGUCUUUUCUGCUUCUCCUCUUAAAAAUAAUGAUGAAGGUUCUUUGGACAUAUAUGCUGGGUUGGACAGUGCUGUUUCUGACAAUUCUUCAAAAUCCUGUGUGCCAUCCAGAAAUUGUUUGGAUUUAUAUGAAGAAAUCUUGACUGAAGAAGGAACAGCAAAGGAGGCAACAUAUAAUGAUUUGCAAGUAGAAUAUGGAAAAUGUCAGCUGCAAAUGAAAGAGCUAAUGAAAAAGUUUAAGGACAUUCAGACACAGAAUUUCAGCUUAAAAAAUGAAAAUCAAUCUCUGAAGAAGAAUAUUUCAGCACUUAUCAAAACUGCCAGAGUGGAAAUAAACCGCAAGGAUGAAGAAAUAAAUAAUCUUCAUCAAAGAUUGUCUGAGUUUCCACAUUUUCGAAAUAAUCAUAAAGCUGCAAGGACAUCAGAUAUAGUUAAAACAAAAGAUUUUAAAUCCAGAUCUCCCCAUUUGGAUGAUUGCUCAAAGACUGAUCACAAAGCAAAAAGUGAUGUUUCUAAAGGUGUACAUCAUAGCACUUCACUGCCAAACCUCGAAAAGGAAGGGAAAUCACAUUCUGAGAAAAAAAGCACUUUGCAUUUGCCUACAACUGUUGAAAAACACUGCACCAAUGGCAGUUGGUCACAUACCCAUUAUCCAGUUAGUGAGGGCAGCGCAAAGGAGGAUAAUAGACGAGGGAGAAAAGAUAUUAGACAUAGUCAGUAUAGCAGGGGAACUGACAGAAUACGAAAAGACUUAAAUACUAGCGGUGGUGAUGGUGAACUGAGGAACACGGAGGCUGGUCAAAGGCUUCAAGGACGAACUGAGAAAUAUGGUAAAGGUGAAACAAAGGCAGAAAGCAAAAAUUCAAAGUUUAAAAGUAACACAGAUUUGGAUUAUAAAAAUGAACACAUUAGUUCUUCUUGGGAAAAAGAGAUCUCUAGAGAAAGGUCACACAGUCGAGUAGAAUCUCAAACUGACAAAAAACUAGAAAGACAAAGUGAAAGAUUACAAAGUACAAAUAGAAAAGAACUUAAAUCACAAGACAAAGAAGAGAGAAAAGUUGAUCAAACACCUAAAUCAGUAGUAAAAGACCAGGAUCAUUGGAGAAGAUCUGAACGAGCAUCACUUCCUCAUUCUAAGAACGAAAUAACAAAGUCUUCUUACAAUUGCAGUAAAUACCAUCUAGAAGAGAGAAGAGGAAGGGAAGAGUGUAAAAGAGACAGGGGUGUAAGUAAUCAUAGUUUUCAAGAAGGAAGGUGUCCAUCCUCUCUUUCAACAAGUAGAACUCACAAAUACUUGGACUCCAGGGAAGUUGAUGCUGUGCACCAAUGGGAAAAUACACCUUUAAAAGCAGAAAGACAUAGAACUGAAGAUAAGAGGAUAAGAGAACGAGAAAGCAAAGAAGAAAAUAGGCAUAUGAGAAAUGAAAAAAGAACACCUAUAGAACAUUUUCAGAAGACUAACAAAGAAACUAAGAAAACCACUUCUGAUUUAAAGAGACAGAAUGAGCCAAAAAAUGAUAAAGGUGAUGUUUCUAAUAAUGAUGUUUCUGAAGGAGUGGAUAAUAAAGAGCUUGCAGUUAAAGCAGAGAGUGGUCCAAAUGAAACAAAAAAGAAAGACUUAAAGUUGAGUUUUAUGGAAAAGUUGAACUUAACUCUUUCUCCUGCUAAAAAGCAACCUGUUUCUCAGGAUAAUCAACAUAAAAUAACCAAUACUCCCAAAUCCAGUGGCAUAGGUGAUUUGGAGUCCCUGGUGCAGACUGAAACAGUGACGUGUGUUCCUUCUGUCAGUGGACAUAUCACAGAAGAUAACAAAUCAGAAGUACUGAAACCAAAGGAUGUGCUUACAGCACCAUCUGAAUCCAGGACCAGUAUCCCAGAAAGAAAAAUAGAAGAAGAAAAUUGUUUGUUUGUUAAAUCUGUUGAGAAUGCUUCACACUGUGAUAUGCCUGUGCCCAUCUGUGAUGCAGAGACUUCCUUUCCAGCACCUGUGGAAAUGGAACAAACAGAAUCUUUGUUGCCAUCAGCAGAAAUGGAACAAAUCAUUAAUGGUGCAACAGUUCCUGUGGCAGUGGACAUAUUACAAACAAAUGUUUCUCAGAACUUUGACUUGGAAUUGGAUAACAAAAAUGAUUUAAGUUCUUGUAGUAUUUCUGAAGGUAGGGAAAAGAAGGAGGCUUUUUCAACAGAAGUGGCCAAAUCCAAUGACAGCAUUUUGCAGCCCUCAAUUGAAGAAGCUGGAAGUUUGCCAGUAGUCCUUUCAGAAGAUGUCAAGCCAAAAUUUGAGCCUUCUCUUGUAGAUACACCACUGGUUGAGGGUAAGUUUUGUCAUUUGGAGUCUUGCUUACCUAAAGAGACUCUGGAAUCUUCACUUCCGCAUACUGAGUUAAUGGACCACAGGAUGGAAAUUGGUGAAACAAACUCAGUCUGUCAUGAUGAUGAGAACUCGGUUCUGAGCAUUGAUCUUAAUCACCUGAGACCUAUUCCAGAAGCCAUCAGUCCUCUGAAUAGUCCACUGAGACCUGUAGCAAAAGUUAUUAGACUGGAAAGCCCAUCUCGAAUUCCAUUGUAUAAUAACAGUCAUAAAGAUGUGUUUCCACCAAAUUCAGCUCAUUCUACCUCCAAGAGUCCAUCUAAUCUCAAUAAAGAAAAUCAAAAACCAAUUCACAAAUCUGACAAGUUUUCAGUAACAGACUCCCAUAAGAAUUCAUCUUCAGAUGAAUUAGAAGAGGGAGAAAUUAAAAGUGACAGUGAAAAAUCUAAACCACAAAAAAGUUAUGAGAAAAGUGCCAAACCUAAAGCUACUGAAGUGCGGAAUACAAAAAUUAGGAAAAGUACUGUGCAUUUGCCCAAAGACAGUGGAAAAACAUCUCUAAAAAUCCAUCAGACUGAAAGCAAAUGGAAUAAAAGACAAAGUGAAUCUAGCAGAUCUUCCAAAACAGAAAAGAAAAAUAAGACAGUGAGCACCUCUAGCCUAGAAAAAAUUGUUCCAAUUGCUUCUGCACCCUCUUCUAUACGAGAGGUUAUGCAUAUGUUACGAAUGAUAAGAAAACAUGUAAGGAAAAAUUACAUGAAAUUCAAAGUAAAAUUUUCAUUAGUACAAUUUCAUAGAAUCAUUGAGUCAGCAGUUUUGAGUCUUACAUCACUAAUUAAACACCUUGACUUAUCCAAAAUCUCUAAGUCAGUAACUACUUUGCAGAAGAAUCUCUGUGAUGUUAUAGAAUCCAAACUUAAGCAAGUUAAAAAGAAUGGCAUAGUAGAUCGUUUAUUUGAACAGCAACUACCAGGUAUGAAAAAAAAAUUGUGGAAAUUUGUAGAUGAACAACUUGAUUAUUUGUUUGCUAAGCUUAAGAAAAUCUUAAGAAAGUUUUGUGAUUCCAUAAACUUUGGCAGUGACAAUGAUAAAGGAAGACUUGAAAAGAUAAAUAAAGGAAAAGCACAAUAUUCAAAUUGUCAGAAGGAGAACAGGGAUAACUGCAGCAAAGAAACGCUGAAACAGAAGUCCCCCAAAUCAGAGGGUUUUGUUUAUUGUAAGUCUUUACUGGGAAGUAAAAAAUCUGAGGAAAAACAUCAUGGCCAGAAUAACUCCAAUAUUAACACAAUAAACCAUGACAUUAAAAAAAGUUUAAACACUUGCUCUGAUAAUAUGAAAAAAUCUCAUUCUGAAGAGCACUCCUUGGAACUCAAGUGUCCAAGCACCCCAAAGCCAGGAAAAAGUGAAGUUGGUGUCAUCGAGGAUGCCCAGACAUCCCAGCAUGCAGCUUUGAAGUCGGAACGCAGCUUUGAGAUUCUUACUGAACAGCAAGCAUCUAGCCUUACUUUUAAUUUAGUGAGUGAUGCACAGAUGGGGGAAAUAUUUAAAAGUUUGUUGCAAGAUUCUGAUCUUUUGGACAGCAGUGUUAACUGUAAUGAAAAAAGUGAGUGGGAGUUUAAGACUCCAGAAAAACAGCUGUUAGAGAGUCUCAAAUGUGAAUCUAUGCCAGUUUGUACAACGGAAGAGCUAGUUGCAGGGGAGGGUUCUCCAUGUCCUAAAAUGAUUAGUGAUGAUAACUGGUCGUUAUUGUCCUCUGAGAAAGGUCCAUCUCUGUCUUCAGGACUUGCGUUGCCAGUUCAUCCUGAUGUGUUGGAUGAAAGUUGUAUGUUUGAAGUGUCGACUAACAUAGCUUCAAGUAAAGAUCAUGUAUGUAAUUCAGAAAAGAGUAAGCCCUAUAUUUCUUCCAUCCUUCUUGAAGAUCUAGCGGUCUCUUUAACAGUACCAUCACCUCUCAAGUCAGAUGGUCACCUCAGUUUCUUAAAGCCUGAAGUUUUGUCUAGUUCAACCCCUGAGGAAGUGAUUAGUGCCCAUUUUAGUGAAGAUGCUUUACUUGAGGAAGAGGAUGCAUCGGAACAAGAUAUUCAUUUAGCUCUGGAGUCUGAUAAUUCAAGCAGUAAAUCAAGUUGUUCUUCAUCGUGGACAAACUGGUCUGUUGUUCCUGGCUUUCAGUACCAUCCUGAUCUACCCAUGCAUGCUGUCAUAAUGGAAAAGUCCAAUGAUCAUUUCGUUGUGAAAAUACAGCGUACAGCACCAUCUACCCCCCCUGGUCUGAAACAGAAUAUGGUGGCUGAUGAAUCAUUGGCAUCGUUGCCCAGAGUCGGAAAGGAAACCGAUGAAGCAGCAGAGAAAGAAUAUAGUCCAUGUCAGAAUGGAGCUUUUAAGGCUGUGGAAUUGAACAAUUCCAACAAAAAUGUUGGUGGCAGUGAAUCAGCUCAUGAAGAGGAGGACUGUAUGAUACAAACACAGGUUCCCGAUAUAUACGAAUUUCUUAAAGAUGCAUCAGAUAAAGUGGGUCAUAGUAAUGAAGUGGUUGCUGAGUGUUUCGAGUUGCACCAAGUAUGGGAACCAAAAGUGCCUGGAAACAUUGAAGAAUUGCCUCCAGUGGAAGAAAUUCCACAUUCUGUUGAGGAUCAUCUUCCAAAUACAUACAUAGCCCUCACAAAAGGUCCAGUCACUGAGACCAAAAAUUUGGGGGAAUUCAUAGAAGUAACAGUUUUAAAUAUUGAUCAGUUGGAAUGUUCCAGUGGCAAUUUGGAUCAAAACGUUCAAAUACUAGACCCUAUGCAGCCUGAUAAUGUAGGUGCUUUUAUUGAUUUGACAGAAGAUGUUUCCAGUGAGAGUAAAACUGAAGGUGAUCCUCCUGCUUUAUCUGCUGAACACUUGGAAUGUCAGGUGAUAUGUGUAGAUGAAGAUAACUGUAAGGAAGAAACGGUGCAAGAGGCAAGCAGGCCUUUGGAAUGCAUUGUUGAGGAAGCCUAUAUUGAUUUGACCUCGGAAUCUCCCAGUUCAUACGAAGAAAAAAAGGAUGAUUUAAAACCAGAGUCACUGUCAAAUUCUGAUAAUUCAGUGUUGCCUGGGGCUUUGGAUAAUGCUCACAAAAAGAGAAAAAGCUUUUCUGAUCUAAAUGAUUCUCAGAAAAAACAGAGAAAGGAAACAGACUUAACCAGUAGGGAAAAGACCAAGCAAAGUACUCAAGAUUCUGGUGAAGCUCACCAAAGUAAGGCCAGUAAGAGGAAGGCCCCUGCAGUGACCAAAGUCUCCUCGUCGUUAAAGGGCAGCCCAGGGAUUAAGGAUCCACCAGAAACACCUGCCACUUCUACAAGCCUUUCUGCAAAGAAUAUUAUUAAAAAGAAGGGAGAAAUUAUAGUUUCCUGGACAAGAAAUGAUGACCGGGAAAUUUUACUGGAGUGUCAGAAAAAAGGGCCAUCAUUGAAAACAUUUUCUUAUUUAGCUGCCAAGUUGAAUAAAAAUUCCGAUCAGGUCUCAGAAAGAUUCCAGCAGCUAAUGAAGCUCUUUGAAAAGUCAAAAUGCAGAUAAGUCGCUGAAUUGGAGUCUUCAUUGAUACUGCAUACUCCUCAGAAGCUUGCACUUCCUCAUGUUUUAAAUGGGAAAGUUGAGGGCAGUUUUACGGCAUAUUUCAUUACUAGAUAAUAAGCUCCAUUUGUUUAUACCUGCUGACUGUUUAAUCUCAAGUCAGCAUGCUCAGCUUGUUCUAGUCAUCCGUCUGGUUUGCUUGCCUGUUAUUGGUCAAAUACUUUUAAACAGGUUAGAACUUGUCAUUAACAUAAAAGCAGCAAUGAUGUUGCAUUGAAAUCUUAGUUUUGAUAUUUCACAGAAAUUACUUUUUCUUUAUUCUAGAUUUUAAAAAAUAUUUUUGUAGCAUUUUAAACACUGAUUAUUUAGUUUGCUUUCAUCCAUUUUUACUUGCUUUUCUUAUUGCCUCUCAUUUUGGUAAAUUGUAAAAUACUUUAAAUAGUGUACCUGUAAAUAUGUAUAAUUACAGUAAUGUAAAAUGUAAAAUACUGUGUGUGUGUGUGUGUGUGUGUGUGUGUGUGUGUACACAUAAAUGGCUUUGCCUUGCCAAGGAUUUUUUUUAUCUGUAUAAAACAGUUUUGUAUAGUUUGUUUUCAAUACCAAUAAUGUGUAAAUAAAACCAUGUAAAGUUCUGCUACAUUUUGAUUAGAAUGUUUCCUUUACUGUGUUUUAGAUAAUUAAAAAGGAAAAAAAAAAUCUCCCAGGGAAGAGACGUUUGGGGGGGGCGCGGUUAUUUUGAAGUGGUUCUUGGUGGUGUGUGGCCUGCUGAAUAUCUGUGAGUGGACUGAUGAGAGAGAACCGGCUGCCUUUGCUGCUUCCUCAGGGCAGGCGCUAGUAAAAUGAACCAGACCUCCGCUGCAGGUGACACAACAGCCUUGAGGGGUGGAGAUUUGGGUAAAACAGGUAAGGCUGGGCUUGCCCAUUAUUUGUUCACCCCUCCUCCAGACUCAGAGGACUGAGGGUUAUCGUCUAGGCCCUACACUCUAGGAAGCACUUAGGAAAUUGCUAUUUCUCUCAGGGGUGCCUGAAGGGGAAGCUCUGAUCAGAAGGAGUAAGUGAUAGAUAAUACUGAAAUAGUUAAGUGUGGUUUUUGUAGUGCUGGGCAGAGCACCAUAGGGCUUCU